UCCCCUCGGCUUCCCCCUCAUCCCGCCCCGCUCCGGCGGGAGGCGGUGGGGCUGAGCGCCCCUCCUCCGGGCAGGAUGGUGGACCUGGACAGCGAGGUGCCCCCGCUGCCGCCCCGGUACCGCUUUCGGGACUUGCUGCUGGGAGAUCAAGGCUGGCAGAGCGACGACAGGGUGCAAGUUGAAUUCUAUAUGAAUGAAAAUACAUUUAAAGAGAGACUAAAGCUCUUCUUCAUCAAAAACCAAAGAUCAAGUCUGAGAAUACGUUUAUUCAAUUUUUCUCUCAAGCUACUAAGCUGUUUCUUAUACAUAAUUCGUGUGCUUCUGGAUGAUCCUACACAAGGACUUGCAUGUAAGGAAUUAAACCGGAGAUGUUCCAAUCAAAACUACACACCUGGAGCGAUUGAUUGGUCUCCUAUUAUUUGGGUGAAUCGAAGCUUGCCUUUAUGGGGAUUACAGGUUUCUGUGGCUUUAAUAAGUCUCUUUGAAACUCUGCUGCUGAGUUAUCUAAGCUAUAAGGGCAAUAUCUGGGAACAAAUUCUGAGAAUACCUUUUCUCCUGGAAAUAAUUAAUGCUGUCCCUUUCAUCAUCACGAUUUUCUGGCCAGCACUAAGAAACCUGUUUAUUCCUGUGUUUUUAAAUUGUUGGCUGGCAAAGCAUGCUUUAGAGAAUAUGAUUAAUGAUCUUCACAGAGCCAUCCAACGUACACAGUCUGCAAUGUUUAACCAAGUCCUUAUUUUAAUAUCUACCUUGCUAUGUCUUAUCUUCACUUGUAUUUGUGGAAUUCAGCAUCUGGAACGAGCAGGAAACAGGUUGACUCUCUUUGACUCCCUUUAUUUCUGCAUAGUGACAUUUUCCACUGUGGGCUUUGGGGAUGUUACACCCAAGAUAUGGCCUUCAAAGCUGCUUGUUGUCAUUAUGAUCUGUGUUGCUCUUGUGGUGUUGCCCAUACAGUUUGAACAGCUGGCAUAUUUGUGGAUGGAGAGACAAAAGUCCGGUGGUAACUACAGUCGACACAGAGCUCAGACAGAAAAACAUGUUGUGCUCUGUGUUAGCUCUCUGAAGAUCGACUUACUUAUGGAUUUCUUAAAUGAAUUCUAUGCUCACCCCAGAUUACAGGACUAUUAUGUCGUUAUUUUGUGUCCUACUGAGAUGGAUGCUCAGGUCCGAAGGGUAUUACAAAUCCCAAUGUGGUCCCAAAGAGUUAUCUAUCUGCAAGGCUCAGCACUAAAAGAUCAAGACCUGUUGAGAGCUAAAAUGGAUGAUGCAGAAGCGUGUUUCAUUCUGAGUAGCCGCUGUGAGGUGGACCGGACAGCAGCUGAUCAUCAAACCAUUUUAAGAGCAUGGGCAGUUAAAGACUUUGCUCCAAAUUGUCCUUUGUAUGUCCAAAUACUGAAACCUGAGAAUAAAUUCCACAUCAAGUUUGCAGAUCAUGUUGUGUGUGAAGAGGAAUUCAAAUAUGCUAUGCUAGCUCUAAAUUGUAUAUGCCCAGCUACCUCUACAUUAAUCACACUUCUGGUUCAUACAUCUAGAGGACAAACAGCUCCAUGGGAAGCUUUUAGACAACUAACUGGAACCAAGCAGACUUUAAACAGGGAGAGUCAGCAAUCAUCGGAACAAUGGCAGAAAAUGUAUGGCAGAUGCUCUGGUAAUGAAGUGCAUCAUAUUAACCUGGAAGAAAGUACUUUUUUUGCUGAAUAUGAGGGGAAAAGCUUCACAUAUGCUUCUUUCCAUGCUCAUAAAAAGUUUGGAGUCUGUCUGAUUGGUGUUAGAAAGGAAGAUAACAAAAACAUUUUGCUGAAUCCAGGUCCUCGAUAUAUCAUGAGUUCUACAGAUACAUGCUUCUACAUAAAUAUCACCAAAGAAGAGAAUUCUGCUUUUAAGAAGCAAGAAAAACAUAGAAAAAAACAUGAAUCAAAAUUGUCUUAUCAUGGAACUUCUAGAUUACCUGUACACAGUAUAAUAGCCAGCAUGGGAACAGUGGCUAUUGAUUUACAAGACACAGGAUGCAGAACAUCCAGUGGACCAACGCUAGCUCUUCCUUCUGAGGGAGGGAGAGAGGGCAGACGGCCCAGUAUAGCACCUGUUUUGGAGGUUGCAGACUCAUCCUCACUUCAGACAUGUGACUUGCUAAGUGACCAGUCAGAAGAUGAAACUACCCCAUCAGAUGAAGAAGCCUCUGCAGGCUUAGAGUAUGUCAAAGGCUAUCCUCCUUACUCUCCGUAUAUUGGAAGUUCUCCCACAUUUUGUCAUCUUCUGCAUGAAAAAGUACCCUUCUGUUGUCUCAGAUUAGAUAAGGGAUGCCAGCAUAACUACUAUGAGGAUGCCAAAGCCUAUGGAUUCAAAAAUAAAUUGAUUAUAGUUGCAGCAGAAACUGCUGGAAAUGGUUUAUAUAACUUUAUUGUUCCACUCAGAGCUUAUUACCGACCAAAGAAGGAACUAAAUCCCAUUGUAUUACUCCUGGAUAACCCGCCAGAUAUGCAUUUUCUGGAUGCAAUCUGUUGGUUUCCAAUGGUUUACUACAUGGUGGGCUCUAUCGACAACCUAGAUGAUUUACUAAGAUGUGGGGUCACAUUUGCAGCUAAUAUGGUGGUGGUGGACAAAGAAAGUACAAUGAGUGCUGAGGAAGACUACAUGGCAGAUGCUAAGACUAUUGUAAAUGUUCAAACACUCUUUAGGUUGUUCUCAAGCCUAAGCAUUAUCACAGAACUAACUCACCCAGCCAAUAUGAGAUUCAUGCAGUUCAGAGCCAAAGACUGCUAUUCUCUUGCACUAUCCAAAUUAGAAAAGAAAGAACGUGAGAAGGGAUCUAAUCUAGCAUUUAUGUUUCGACUGCCCUUCGCUGCUGGCAGAGUUUUCAGCAUCAGUAUGUUGGAUACACUGCUUUAUCAGUCAUUUGUGAAAGGUUAUAUGAUUUCCAUCACAAGACUACUUCUGGGACUUGAUACCACACCAGGAUCUGGGUUUCUUUGUUCAGUGAAGAUCACAGAAGAGGAUCUAUGGAUUAGGACAUAUGCCAGACUGUAUCAGAAACUUUGUUCUUCUACAGGAGACAUUCCAAUUGGAGUCUAUAGGACAGAAUCCCAAAAGCUUACAACAUCCGAGUCACGAGAAAUGGCUUCACAAUCUCAAAUCUCUAUCAGUGUGGAAGAAUGGGAAGACACUAAAGACACCAAAGAACAAAUUAGUUAUCGUAAUAACCAUCGUAACUCAACAUCUAGUGAUCAGUCUGAUCACCCCUUGUUACGACGAAAAAGCAUGCAGUGGGCCCGGCGACUGAGCAGAAGAGUACCAAGACACACCGGGAAAACAGCUGAGAAGAUAAACCAGCAGCGAAUGAACCUUUACAGGAGAUCAGAAAGACAGGAGCUUGCUGAACUAGUGAAAAACAGAAUGAAGCAUCUGGGCCUUUCCCCAGCAGGAUAUGAUGAAAUGAAUGAUCAUGAGAAUACCCUCUCUUACAUCCUGAUCAAUCCUUCUCCAGAUACAAGAUUAGAGCUGAAUGAUAUAGUAUACUUGAUCCGACCUGAUCCAUUGGCUUAUGUUCCAAAUACUGCACCCAGCCGAAAAGACAGCUUCUGCAACACUGUGGGACAAGACACCAGGGAGGAGACACAACUUUGAUAUGUGACUCAGCAUAAAAUUAAGAGAUAAUUUUAUACACGUGCUGUUUCCACGCACCAUUUUCAAAACUGAGUGAUACAUUUUAUUCAGAUUUUGGAAACAAAAUAACAGUGUGUAAGUGACCAAAUUUAGAAAUACGUGGUCUAGAAACUCUGAUUUAAAGGACUGUCAGGCUUGUGGCCUAUUCAAUACAGUAGCUGAACUUCGUCAACUUAACAGAAUUAUGACACCUAUUGCUAUUUAACCAAUAUGAACAAAGUAUUUGAGAAGUGACAGAUUCCAUCGUGCGUUUUGCUUAGAUGCUUCUAAGCAUAUUUAUCAGGGUGACAGCAUGUCAGUGACUAAGCUUCUGACCUACGUCAGUAAAGAUUAUGUGAUGUCCAUCAACCAUGCAUAAUUUGUAGCAGAAACUAUGUUAAUACCUACACUGCCAAUGAGUCUUUGUGUCAAGAAUCCAGACUCUGAAAUCAAAUUUUCAGCCUCAGCCUGUCACCCGUUUAUAUCGGAACAAGCUAGUUUCAGUCCCAUUUUAACUUCCAGGACUUCAGUGUUAGUUCUCUGGGUUUACACAGACCAGACUGAAUAACACAGCCUAGUCAUACCCUAGAGGUUAAUAUCUAAGGCAUACCCACUGGAAGAUUAGCUCAGGAACCCACCUGGAGAAAUGUCCCUGUCAUCUCACAUAGGCAGUCCCCCACGUUUGUAACAACUGGGAAGGCACUAUCUGUGUGAAGAGGCAAACAAAGGUAACAGUGGUAACUCAGGUGAAAUAGAAUCCUUUUAACCUUAGUGAGUUUGUCAACAGAAACCCAAACAGAUCAUAAUAUAAAAGUGAAAACACCCCUGUA